UGCGCUCAUGGUUGCGCUAUCGAUGUCAACUGGAACUCGAAGUAGAACGUCUCUGACGAGUAGAAAAUUGGCGAGCUCCGCGAAGUGAGAACCCGGUCAUGAUGUUUGCUUCCAAAAAUUACUACGUGUGACUUGAUUAAAAAAAGCUGAUAUGACCUUAAAUCGUUACAUCUUCCUCUCGAGGAAACGUUUUAAGUUCUAUUUUGUAUUUCCAACGAUGUGGAACCUUGUCACGGUACUGCAAUACUUCUGAAGAAAAUGGGCGACUCCGAUAAGCCUUUUGCUUGUCCCUGUUUGGGUUGUAACAUGAAAUAUUUAGAGACCGGACACCUUACGCUUUCCUAAAGGAAUUCUCCAUAUUUUCUGACAAUUACACGUAGAGUUUCACCAACGAGGAUCAUCUUAUGGUUCAUAAGAAGAAGCACGACAUGAUUUUAAACCUUGGUGUAAGCAAUAGGAACAAUGCCUUUGUAGCGGAUCAAACCCCAACUCCUACAAGGUUCAUUCGAAACUGCGAAGAGGUAGGCCUUUUUCAAGACUUGCAAAAUGUCAAUCCAUUCGAAGAAACCUUCCGCAGAGCUGUCGAGACUGGAAAGACCGGACCAUUUGCGGUAUCUGAGGUAGCAACAUCCGAUGACACUUUACAUACUCCACAUGUAUUCCCUCGCAUGUCAGAUGCAUUGGGAGUUCAAGCACUUUCUGACGAUCUCGUCUCUGCUUCUGAUAAAAAAACUAGUGAAACGAAAUGUUCCGUUGAAACACGAACCGAUACCAAGAUACAUCAAACCACCGAACAAAUGUCAAAAGACAUUACCAUUUUAACAUCCUCUACAGAAGUCAAACGAAUUUCCGAAACCAUAGUGAUUCAUGAACAAAACACCCUAACAAGAUCAAGGGAUGUCCAAGAAGCUCGUACGCCUCAGUUAUCUAUAAACGGCGAGGAAGUGCAGUUGUUGUUAAAAACUGCAGACGGGAAAUUUAUGCAACUCUCAGCUAUUCAAGUUCCUGAAUCACAGAUUCAACAAAGAAGUGUCAUUCCAAAAUUGAAACCUCAAAUUGUCGUAAUCAAAACCGAGCCCUCUUUGAGAAGUAUAUCGAAAACCAAAGAGAAUGAGACUCACGAUCCCAGACUAACUCUUGCCAAAAUGAAACUGAAGCAGAUGCUAGCUAAAUCCUCCAGAAUUGAAAGUGACAAGACAUCCGAAGAGUUUGAGGGAGAGCAAUUGAUGGUUCCUAAAGAGAGAAGGACCAGAAGCAUCGAUCGACACAAAAAGCAAGAACUUUUAGAACGUAACCGAGCAAGUUCAAUGCGUGCAAGAGCCAAAAGGAAGGCUUGGAUUCAACAACUCGAAAGGACAGUUUCUAAUGUUAACGAAACCAAUGCUGCUCUGCAAAUGGAGGUUCGAGCUUUAAGAGCCGAAGUUUCCAAGCUUAAAGUCUUGCUUCUUGCACAUAAGGAGUGUCCGGUUACCAAAGCCAUGGAAAAAGGAAAUGGAAUUUUAAUAGGAUCGAAAGUAAUUCCAUUGGGAGCAGAGACAAUCUCAGCAUUUCCAGUGGCUACAGGAAGCGUCCCUUUAAAAAGAAGUACCUUAUUAUCAGAAGUGCCAAUUCUUUCUAAAAGAAAGCCGUCAUUAGCCACUACGAAAACUUCCGCGAUACUGCCAAAGACAAAACACGAAACCCAAAGUGCAUUACACCGGACAAGAACUGUCGAUUCUACGCCAGUCGUCAAGUUGGUAGAAGUGGGACAUUUCGUCAAAAAGAGAAAUAAUGCGAAGCAAAUUUUAACGGUAGAAAAUAAUCGGGAGAAAAUUAAUGAUUCGACGUCCAGACGGAAUGCACAAACCGAGCCUUGCUUUAAAUCAGAAUGUACAACUUGAAAAACUAGAAGCAGAAUGUAAAAAAAUGCCAAAGUUGGAUCUCAAAGACCGCUGGAUCAUCUCACCCGACUGGCCGAUACCGACACAUUUCUAAUCGCAGGAUGCGAGUGCCACGGCUUUAUCAAUUUACCCUAUAUUUGUGUCAUAUUCACAUAAUUAAGUAGAAGAGUCAUACCUAUUUUUGAUACUUACAAGUCAUUUCUCGUGCAACCGUUCUUUAUUAGAAUGUAGGCAAGUCGAGUGAUAUCGCGACACCAGUCGGUACUCAACGACAACGGACGUUGACAAAGGAAGUAAUCGUUUUUACAAUUUGUUUCUCUGUCCGAAGGGAGGGGGAACAAUAAGAGAGCUGAUAUCGUAACCUAGAUGAAAACAAAUGCCUUAGCGUUAAACGACGAAGAAUACCAACCGGAGAUUCACCCCGCAAACAAAUGUAUUUCACGCUCGCAACCAGGGCUCCGCUAGAAGUACAUCGAUGCAACGGAUGUUGUUCGCUGUUUCGAACACAACUUCGCAACCGUAAUCAUUAUACAACGGACCCGUUUCAUGCAUACGUCCAAUCGACGGACGAGCGCUCGGUAACCAACUAUUCCACUACGCCUACUUAUUCACAAUUCGCUCGAUAGCAAUGCCGUGUACAUCUCCCCUUAUCGGUUAACGAGUAACCGAAGCAAUACAGUGGUCAAAGGUGGGCAACCAGCGAGUAUUUAGAUUCUAGAUUUUAGAUCCCAGUAGACGCGCACCUAAUCUAAUGGACACGUCCCACGGUGGAUCCGUAACCCCCCGGCCCUUAUCAGUUCUCCGUCCAGUCGUCUAAAACAUUAACACCGGACGAGAGAAUGAUAAGGGACUGUGGGCACGCGUUUCGGCGAUUUAUCGGUUGCGAGAGAGCGCUCUCGUUAUCGCUCCUCGAAGGCAGAAGAGCGUUGUUCGUAGGGGCAGUUUUCAUGGCAGAGUCGAGAACACGUGGCGGAGAAUAAAUAAACUCGCAGAUAAGAUUCGCCCGAGUCAACGAUGACGAAACGCUCGCCCAUCGGGGGACCCUCCUCGCUCGACUCGACGCAAAGAGAAGAGUUCUUUUCGUCGAUAUAGCUUACGCGAGGCCGGUCGAUCGCGCGAUCGAAAAACGGACCUCGAGCCGGAUUCCGCACAGCUGCAGGUCGGCCCGAUGACGUCGGUUCCGUGCCAGAAGCGACCAAUACCGUCGUCCACGUCGACGAUAAUUCAACGAUUAUCCUUGGUACGGUCCGCUGGCUAGUUAUUGCGCGACGUAAAUCGCGAGUAUCGGCGCAAAUUCUAACG